CUUUCUUCCUCUCUCUCCUCUGCCCAGCUCUCCUCUGCCCAGCCCGCCUGGGCAGAGGCAGCUCCGCGCCGCGACGUCGCGUCGGAGGCCUGCAGAUCGAGAAGGCCGAGGAGCGGAAGGCCAGGGCGCAGGUCAAGAAGACGGUGGCCGUUCAGCAAUCGGAGCGCGAGGGGCCAAGAAGCAGGUCACCAGCGCCCUUCCGUCUUGUUUGUUUCUCCUCAGUGCUAUAUCACCCCUCACCCACCUCCACAGCAUCUUCCUCCCUCUCCAAGGAGCAUUGGGAUUGUACCAUGGGAAGGGGAAGCCUGUAGCUUCCUCUUCUUGCAAGGAUUUCGAGGAUGGUUGAAGAUCUGUUUCUUCACAGGGGCCUGCUCCAUGACUCUUCAGUCUCCACAGUAUUGCAACACUUACGAGGGUGGCCACAGAUAGAUUCACCUUGCUUCUGGACGGGCACUUUUACCAUGACACAUAUGGUAUUUGUCAUUGGCGUAUUGGCCGGGUUACUGUUCAGGAAAAUCAGAUGGUGCAGGCAGAAAUUGAACCUUACGAGUUCUGAAAGAGAUAAUCAUUUGUCUCAGGAACACAAGUAUGCUGACGUAAAGUUGAAUGUAUCAUAUCAAGCAAGCAUAGCUUGCUGCUUGUUUAUAUUAGCCACUCAUGUCCUGAAGUUAGUGUUGUUUCACUUAAAAAGGGGACCAAGUGAUUGCAAAUAUCCAUAUUUUCUACUAGGUGAAGGUUUACAGGUACUAUCCUGGACGAUACUGUCACUUGCAGUAUUCAGUUUCAAGAAUACCAAAUCUGCAAAACUUCCAUGGAUAAUCCGAGCAUGGUGGAUAUUUAGUUUCAUGCAGUAUGUUACUACCAUUGUAUUUGAUCUGAGGUCCAUUUUAUCAGGUCAUGGAAAUAUAGGAUUGAAGAAAUGUACUGACCUACUUACACUAGUUACAAGCUCUUAUCUAUUUGCCAUGUCAGUUAGAGGAAACACAGGCAUUACCUUCCUUGGUGCAAGCUUAACAGAACCACGUUUAAGUCCUACAACUGGACAGCACACAGAAACAAAAAGGCAGUGUCUGUAUGCAAGAGGAAGCCUUUCAGAACUUGUCACAUUCUCAUGGAUGAGCCCUGUCUUUGCUAUUGGAUACAAGAGACCUCUAGAGGAGAGGGAUAUGCCAGAUGUUGAUGUGAAGGACUCUGCAGAAUUCCUAUCUGACACAUUCAAAAAAAUCAUUUCAAAUGUUGAGCGUAGUCAUGGUUUAACUACUUCAUCAGUCUAUAGGGCAAUGUUUCUUCUAAUCAGAAGAAAGGCAAUCAUCAAUGCAGGAUUCGCAGCAAUAAAUGCAACUGCAACCUUUGUUGGACCAUCACUGAUCAAUGACUUGGUGAAGUUCCUUGGAGGAGAAAGGCAGUAUGGACUCAAAAGAGGUUACCUUCUUGCUGCUGCUUUUCUCAGUGCCAAAGUUGUCGAAACCAUAGCUCAGAGGCAGUGGAUUUUUGGGGCUCGACAGCUGGGGAUGCAGCUACGAGCUGCUUUGAUAUCCCACGUCUAUCAAAAGGGGCUCUCCUUGUCCUGCAGUUCGAGGCAAAAAUAUACAAGUGGAGAGAUCAUAAACUAUAUGAGCGUAGAUAUACAAAGGAUAUCCGAUGUCAUAUGGUAUGCAAACUACAUUUGGAUGUUACCCAUACAGCUUUCUCUAGCAAUCUAUGUUCUUCAUCAAAACCUAGGGGUUGCAGCCUGGGCUGGCUUAGCAGCAACACUGGCAAUAAUGUCUUGCAACAUUCCACUCACAAGAAUGCAGAAAAGGUUGCAAGGCAAGAUCAUGGAUGCUAAAGACAACAGAAUGAAGGCAACAACAGAAGUUCUUAGAAGCAUAAAAAUACUUAAGCUUCAAGCCUGGGACAUGAAGUACCUCACAAAGCUAGAAACUUUACGAAGUGUCGAGUACAAUUGGUUGUCGAAAUCUGCACGAUUGUCAGCUGUAACUCAAUUCAUAUUUUGGGCUUCCCCUGGUUUUGUAUCUUCUAUAAUGUUUGGCUUAUGUAUAUUGAUGGGGAUUCCUCUGACGGCAGGAACUGUUUUGUCCGCUCUUGCAACAUUCCAGAUGCUACAGGAUCCUAUCUUCCAACUUCCUGACUUGCUUUCAGCAUUUGCACAAGGAAAGGUUUCAGCUGAUAGAGUAGCAAAGUACCUACGUGAGGAAGAAUUGAAACCAAAUGAAGUUACUGAACUACAAAGGUGUGAUACAGACUGUGAUGUGGAAAUUGAUCAUGGAACAUUUAGCUGGGAACUUGAGAACACAUCCCCAACUCUAAGUGGUAUAGAGCUAAAAGUUAAGAGGGGGAUGAAAAUAGCAGUAUGUGGAAUGGUUGGCUCUGGGAAAUCCAGCCUUUUGUCAUGCAUACUGGGAGAGAUGCGAAAGUUGGCAGGGACAGUAACGGUCAGCGGGAGAAAAGCAUAUGUUCCCCAAACUGCCUGGAUCCUGUCUGGUACUAUUAGGGACAAUAUUUUGUUUGGGAAUCCAUAUGACAAGGACAAGUAUGAAAAGAUAAUACAAGCUUGUGCACUGACAAAAGACCUUGAGCUGUUUGCAAAUGGUGAUUUGACAGAGAUUGGAGAAAGAGGAAUUAACAUGAGUGGUGGACAGAAACAGCGAAUUCAGAUUGCGAGGUCAGUGUAUGGGGAAGCAGAUAUGUACCUCUUUGAUGAUCCUUUCAGCUCUGUAGAUGCUCACACUGGAAGCCACCUUUUCAAGGAUUGCCUAAUGGGUCUUCUUAAAGACAAAACUAUAAUUUAUGUGACCCACCAAGUCGAAUUUCUUCCAGCUGCAGAUCUUAUAUUGGUGAUGCAGGAUGGGAAAAUUGUGCAGAAAGGAAAAUUUGAUGAGCUCCUUCAACAGAACAUAGGAUUUGAGACCAUAGUAGGAGCUCAUAGCAAGGCCCUUGAGUCUGUCGUAAAAGCUGAAAGUUCCAGCAGAUUAUUAUUGGCUGGUAACAAAAAUUCAGUGGAAAGUGACAAUGAGUUUGAGACAGAAAAUGAAAUGGAUAACAAAUUUCAGAUUAUGACAAAGCAAGAAUCUUCACAUGAUGUCUCAGAAGAUAUCAAUCAGAAGGGAAGGUUAACACAAGAUGAGGAAAGAGAAAAGGGUGGCAUUGGCAUGACGGUUUAUUGGGCAUACCUGAGGGCAGUUCAUGGCGGUGCCUUGGUGCCAGUAACAAUUGGUGCACAAUCAUUCUUCCAAAUAUUUCAAGUUGCAAGCAACUAUUGGAUAGCAUGGGGAUCUCCCCCAACUUCUACAACAACCUCAAGAGUUGGAUUAGGCCUCCUCUUCUUGGUAUACAUAGCACUAUCCAUGGGAUGUGCACUGUGUGUCUUGAUUCGGUCCUGGCUCGUAUCGCUAGUUGGUCUACUAACAUCAGAAAAGCUCUUCAAGAACAUGCUCCAUUGCAUCAUGCGUGCCCCUACGUCCUUCUUCGACUCCACACCAACUGGCAGAAUUCUGAACAGGGUUUCCACUGAUCAAAGUGUCCUAGAUCUUGAAAUAGCUAUCAAACUUGGUUGGUGCGUAUUUUCAAGCAUAAAACUUCUGGGUACCAUUGGUGUUAUGUCCCAGGUUGCAUGGCCAGUUUUUGCCAUAUUUAUUCCAGUGACGGUGGCCUGUGUUCUGUAUCAGCGAUACUACAUACCAACAGCAAGAGAGCUGGCUCGUCUGUCACAAAUCCAGGGGGCUCCAAUCCUACACCACUUUGCAGAAUCCCUUUCAGGAGCAUCUAGUGUUCGAGCGUAUGGACAAAAAGACCGUUUCAGGAAAGCAAACCUCAUUCUUAUCGACAACCAUUCCCGACCAUGGUUCCACAACAUUUCUUCAAUGGAGUGGCUCUCUUUCAGGCUAAACAUGCUAUCUAACUUUGUAUUUGCCUUCUCUUUGACUCUGCUAGUCAGCCUUCCUGAAGGUUUCAUAAAUCCAAGUCUUGCUGGACUUGCGGUGACUUAUGCAUUGAACCUCAACUCACAGUUGGCAUCCAUAAUUUGGAACAUCUGCAACACAGAGAACAAAAUGAUAUCAGUUGAAAGAAUAUUGCAGUACUCAAGGAUCCCUAGUGAGGCUCCACUUGUAGUAGACUGCUGUCGACCCACAAACAGCUGGCCAGAAAUUGGAGCUAUCAGGAUACGAUGCUUGGAAGUUCGAUAUGCAGAGCAUCUGCCAUCUGUUUUGAGAAACGUAUCUUGUAUAAUUCCAGGAAGGAAGAAGGUGGGGAUUGUAGGACGUACUGGUAGCGGAAAGUCUACUUUGAUUCAAGCACUUUUCCGGGUAGUUGAAGCAAGGGAAGGAACAAUAGAAAUUGACAGUAUUGAUAUCUCCAAAAUUGGGCUUCAUGACUUAAGAGGCAGACUUAGCAUCAUCCCACAAGAUCCGACCAUGUUUGAGGGCACAGUGAGAGGAAAUCUGGAUCCACUGAAUGAAUACUCUGAUCAACGUGUAUGGGAGAUAUUGGACAAAUGCCAGCUUGGUGAUAUAGUUCGGCAGAGCCCAAAGAAGCUGGACUCCGCAGUUGUAGAGAAUGGGGAAAACUGGAGUGUUGGACAGAGGCAGUUGUUUUGCCUUGGAAGGGUUCUCCUAAAGAGGAGCAGUGUUCUUAUCCUCGACGAGGCAACUGCUUCAGUUGACUCCGCCACUGAUGCAAUUAUACAGGAAACAAUCCGCAAGGAGUUCAGGGAUUGCACGGUGCUGACAGUUGCACACAGGAUUCACACUGUCAUUGACAAUGAUCUCAUUCUUGUUUUCAGCGCUGGAAGAAUGAUAGAAUAUGACACACCAUCGAGGCUGCUGGAGAACAAGAACUCCGAAUUCUCCAGACUCAUCAAGGAGUACUCAUGGCGAUCUAAGAGCUUCAAUAGCAAAGUAUGAAACUGAAUAAUGGCGACAAUAUAGGACUGUACCAAACAAGAUCACCACACACUACAGAAUGAAAACACCCAAAACUAGGAAGGCUACUCAACAAUGCAUAUGAGAAUAUGAGAUCCACGGUCUGCCUGGGCGGGUGUGCAGGAUAGCUCUUAGAUUCAUCUGACCCACAAAUGUGAAGCAAUGUCUAAUACUCUAAUCUACCAUGAGGUGCAUGCUGCACGCAACUGGCACCUGAUUACAAAAUGAAAUCGUCUGCAGAAGCAACGAGAUAAUACCUAGCUA